UAAAAUAUGGAAAAGCCGAGGGGCUUAGCAGAAAAUGCAGCGCCAUAUCCGUGCAGUCUACUCCAUUUUUGUUCCCCUCUCCGGUGGCGGCCUAGCGGGGGUGUGGUCUUCCUCGCGUCGCCUCCCCUCGCUCUCAUCCGGUCAUCAGUUUGAGGUUUCAACCUAUUUCACCAGAGCUGAUUGGACUCAUGGAUGGGAACAAAGAUGAGGCAUUGAGAUCUGUCAAGCUUGCAAAAUCUGCAUUUGCAUCUGGGGAUAGGCAGCGCGCAGAAAAAUUAAUUAAAAUUGCUCAAAGAUUGGACCCUGGUCUUCCACUUGAUGAUUUGCUGAGCCCAGUUGAGAAGGUUGGCAUCCUGAAUAUUUCUACUUGCAAAGACAAGACUGAAAGAGGACAAGCUCUUUUAUACCCAAAAACAACAAAAGAAUCUGUUGGUCCUUUAAAUGUUGAUAAGGCUUACACUGAGGAGAAUAUUAGAGUGGUUCAGGAUAUCAGGAAAAAGAAGGAUUACUAUGCAGUUCUCGGAGUAGAGAGAAGAUGCACUGUGGAGGAAAUUAGGAAGGCAUACAGGAGGUUAUCACUGAAGGUUCAUCCUGACAAGAACAAGGUUCCUGGGGCAGAAGAUGCUUUCAAGAUGGUAAGCAAGGCUUUCAAGUGCCUAAGCAAUGAUCAGUCGCGGAGGACUUAUGAUCAGACAGGCACCACUGAGGACCAUGAAUUCAAUGAGCAAUAUCCCAAUGUCAUGAGGCGGGGAGCUGCUAGGCGGAGAAGGCCAGCAAGAAGUGGCUUCUAUAACUAUGAAGAAGAUUUUGAUCCAGAUGAGAUAUUCAGGUCCUUUUAUGGCACCCAUGAUAAUAUGUUCCAUCCCCAGUAUACCUACAGGGCUAGGGGAACAGGCAGGCAACAGCAACAGAGAAGGGAGCAUUCAGUGGAGGGUGGUUCCAGCAUAAAUCUAACAGUGUUUAUUCACCUUGUAGUAGUACUGUUUAUUGUUUCGCUUGCAUUUAUUCCAGCGCGUCAAGCUGAGUAUUCGCUGCAACAGACAAAUUACUUCCCCAUUUCAAAGGUCACUCAAAAACAAGGAGUGGAGUACUUCGUCAGCAAACAAGAUUUUGAUCAGCAGUUUCCACAGGGUAGUCAGUCUAGAGAGAAUCUUGAACGGCAUGUUCUGAUGGACUAUAAGAGUAUGCUUGGAAGAUAUUGCCAUGUGGAACUCCAACGUCGUCAAUGGGCCAAGGACUACCCUACACCUCGCUGUGACAAGCUAAGGGAGCUGUCUGUGGCGCAGAAUGUGCAUAUGCCAUCAGUUUGAUCUCCCGUUUUCAUCAUGGAAGAAUAUUGCUCAUAUUUGCAGGACAGCACCGUAACCUGGGACUGUGACAACCUUCUGCACUAUUGACCACUGCAACUACCGCUGCUAGGAGGGCCAAACCACCGCAAGUGCCACAGGCUGAUGCCCUUCCACUUCUUUUUGGGUUGCUAGUGAGGUUUUCUUGCUAUUUUGUUCUGAUUUGUAAAUCCAAGCAAGAAAUAUUUUCAAGUUUCUUCUUAGCCUAAAUAUAGCCAGGACUUGUACAAAAGGUGAAUAUCGGUUGUUUUUAGUAUAAUGUUUCAAUUCUUAGGGCUAGAGUAGUACAGAGAGGGUGAUAGAGUGCAGCGCAGGUUGAUUUGACUGCCUUAUUCUCGUAUUAGAAACCGGGAACAUGGAAGUUGGCCUUUGCCACUUUCCUCAUUACUGGAACGUUCCUUUCCGGAAACAUGGAAACAAUCUCUCGUUUCCGUAGUAUAAAAACCUAAUUUUAGUAGUGCACCACGUUCCUCGAUCACAUCGAUUCGGGAACCUGGUUACUAAGAUUCUUGUAGCAUAAUCUUGAGCUAAGUUUGGUCAUUUAUAUUGAUCAUUUUACACUAAACAUAAGUUUGGUCUCCAUGUGAACGUGUCUCACACAGAUAUUGUUUUCUUGCGUCUUUGUUGGAUGAUUCAGGUGAAACGUAGGAAUCGUUUGGAGCAAAACGAACAGAGUAUGGUAUCUAGUCGGUCUGGUUGACAAAUGUCUAACUGGACAGUAGUGCUCCCUUGUGUUAUAGUUGUAGAAUUAUAUUUGUUUAUAAUUCACAAAUCUAUAUGUGUCUGCGCAAUUGGUACAGUUGUGAACCAGUAAGCCAGAGCAUAAAAGGCUUGUUUACAUGAAGAGAUACAUGGCUGGUGACCAACCGGUUGAAGUUGCGGUUCACGUUGAUGCAGAUGCAGCACGCCCGACACCUCACACCUCCGAACUCCGAUGUUGCUGCUGAUGCCCGCACUGUACUGUAAACAAUCUUUCAAAGGCAAAUGGAACUGUGGGAUACAUGUGGCAGUGUGGCACUUCGAUGAUGUGCUCUGUUAAAUAUUUUUUUAGGAAACAAUAUGCUCAUUCCUACUGUUUUUAUAUACUAA